AUCUUGCGUGAUGUUCUGCAAAGAGAAACCCAAAUGUAAAAGCAUAAACUAUUACCAAAAUGCAGAGACUUGUGAAUUGAACAACAUGAGCGAGGUGUCGUCCCCAGAGAACAUGAUGGACUUCAAAACGGCUCUGUACAUUACUAUUGCCCCAUGUUACUAUGACAACGAAUGCAGAAAUCAAGAGGAGAUAUGUCUGGUUGUUGGUGGCAGCAGAAAAUGUAAAGUAUGCAUACAGGAGGCCUUAGGUCUUGAAGAUAGUGCUUCAUCUGUUGAGAACGGAAAUACACCAGCCCAUCUCCUUCGUCUCAACUCCGCCAAGGCAUGGAGUGCAAGCACCAGUGAUAAUGAGCCCUGGGUUCAAGUUGACCUCGGCAAGGACGUGGUGAUCAAGAAAAUCGCUACCCAGGGUAAAAAAGGUGCCUACCAGUAUACAACCACUUACACCCUUUCAUCGCUUGCCAACGGAAAAACUGAUUGGGUGACAUACAAAGAGAACAAUGCUGUAAAGGUAUUUCAAGGUAAUGAAGAUCAGAGCACAGUGGUUUCUCCUGUGUUGUCACAACACAUCAGGGCUCGUUUUGUAAGGUUCUGGCCAAAGACUUGGAGAAGUAACUACAGAACAAUGAGAGCAGAGCUGUACGGCUGUUACCCAUAGUAGCUGCUUUAGCAUCCAAAAAGGCUGCAACAGCAACUCUCAACUGUAUUUUGACCUGGAAAUGAACUGCAACUAUAUCUACAUUAGCAAUAAGUGGUAGA